AUGGACAAGCAUUACCACCGGGUUUACACAUUCGAGUCAAUUUACACACUGGAGGAACCUGAAAAUGUUAAUGAAAUAAAAAAAAAUUUCAAAUCAUAUGAUAAAUUAAAACAAGAAUUUGAAAGUUUAAAAAUAAACGUCAAAACGGAUGUUGAACUCCUUGUCGGUCUCAUCGACAAUUUCAGACAUUUUAAUUUGAAUUUAAAAUAUGCCAACAAUGCGAGUUCGAAUUGGACAAAAGAUGAAGAUGUACUUAUGACGCUUAAAGAUUUAGAAUAUUUGGUUCAUCAAUAUGACAACGCUCAAGAAUUUGCUAAAUUGAAUGGAUUUUCAGAUGUCGUCUACAAAAGUUUAAAUUCGACAAAUAGCGAUAUAAGAUCCGAAGCAUUGAAAUUAUUGGGUAGUGCGACACAAAACAAUCCAAAAGUUCAAAUCGCUGCAUUGGAAUCGGGAAGCAUUAAUUUGUUACUUAAGAUAUUAACAUUCGACGAUGAUCACAUUGUCAAAUCGAGAAGUUUGUUCGCUUUGUUUUCGCUGGUUAGAAGAUUUCCAGCGGCACAGGAAAAACUCAUAGCCGAUGGAGGGCUCACAGCUUUUGCAAAAAUUUUCGACGAUGACAAACGCAAUCAGUUGAAGUUACAAAUCAAAAUUGUUAUUUUACUUCAUAGUUUGUUGUAUGAAAAAAAAGAUGUCAUGAUGACAAUCCAGGAUAGGGAAAACAAUCAACACACAGAUUCCGAAAUGAAUGUUUUCAUCGAAAAGUUAAAACAAUAUGGAAAAAUCAAUCUGGAACAAAAAUUAGUCGAGCAAGAUUGGUGUGGAAGAAUAUCCAAAUGGUUUACAAAACAAAAUUUUCUCAAGGAUUUGCCAUUGAAUCCAGACAUGAAUUUGAGCAUAGAUAAUUUAAAUUUCGAUAUUCAAGAUGUUUUAGACGAAGUUAUAAAUACUCUAUUCAUGUUAUCGGAUGUGUGUAAAUCGCAAUACGAGAGAGAUCAAGAUUUACUCCAAUCUCUUAAAAUCUAUAAAAAUGUUUAUGAUGAUUUAGCCUUGGAAGAGAAAAAAACAAAUUCAAAAUCUGAAUCAAAUUAUUCAAAUUUAUCCAAUGUAUUAAAUAUGUUAUAUGUUAAAUUAAAUGAAAAAAAAAUCGAUAAAGAUGAAUUAUAG